AUGGAAGUUGAUCGGCUCAAACCGGGAACGUCUCCACUGUCGUCCGAAACGCUUUUGUGGUUUGAAUUUUUAUUAGAUCCGACAUUACUUGAAAAACAUUUAAAUAAAUCUAAUCCUGAUCCGUCGCCAACCGAUUUGAUAGUAAAGUUUUUAAACGUUGAUAAAAAAGAAGAGGCAAUAGUUUUAGAUGAUGAAAAUGGUGAUUGCAAUGGUCAUUCAGCUCCGAAAAUAACAAAGAAAAGUUUAUCAAUUAAACUAUUAAGUUUAAGAGUUGCUGCUUUUUUAAAUUGGGAUUUAGAUGUAUUUGAAGUCAAAUUACCUUUACCAAUGCAAGUUGCCUUACUUCAUGAUUUACUUUACAUUGCUUUCGAGGAGGAUGUUAAUGUUAACACUCAUAGCAAUAUAAAUUUAUCUUCUGCCGAUCAUCAAACUGUUUUCGCUAUUUCACUUUAUCACAGAUGGGUUUUAAAAUCGUAUAUGUGUGGUUCGUUAAUAAUCAAGCAGCCGAAAGUUCCCUUCAUCCCAAUGCCUGGAUUACAAGAUCCAAAUUUAAUUGCUACAAAUCAAAGAGAAGAAAUAAGAUCAAAAUUAGUUAAUCAAAUUAAUGAUAGUUUAGAAAUUUGUAAAAAAUUAAUUAAUUUAUCAUCUCUCACAGUGCCCACAAUUGAUUCGUUUAUACAUAUUGACGAAGAAGCGACUGAUGUAAAAGCAAAAUGGUUAAGCGGUACGGAAGUUAAAACGGAAGAGUUUAAAUGUCAAAUUUACUACGAGUUGGGUUGUUUUAGUUUUUUUAAAGAAGAUUACAGCGUUGCCAAAGAUUAUUUUUACGAAUGUUCUAAACUUUAUGAAAAAUUAGAAAAAAAUUCAAAUUUAAAAAGUAAAGUUAAAUUUUGUAACAUUGAUAAAAGUAAAUUGGAAGGUUAUUGUAAAGCUUGUGGAAUUGCAGUGUCAGAUUCAGGGGAAAAAAAUGUUUAUGAUAAAUUCAAAGCGUCUUUAAUGAAUCAGUACACUGGUUUGAUGCAAAUUUUACAAGAGGACAACAUUUUGCAAAUAAUACCAUUGAUAGACAGAGAAUUAUUAGAAAGGGAUGUUCAAGUGGCCAUUUGCAGCGGAGCCUUUACAGUAGCUAAAGAUUUUUUUUAUAAAAUUCAAAUAUUAAAUACACUACGAAGAGUUUGCAGUCAGGAAACGAAUAACAUUGAUUUUGAAAAAUGUCUUAAAAGUUCUGGUGAUAAAGGAAUGGAUUUUUUCAUUUCAUCUUUGAAGGAUUUAAUAACGAAUUCAGUUGGGAAAAGGCUAGGAAAUUUAAAAUUUUUCUUAUUAGACUUGAUGAUAAAGGAUUUGUCUGGAGUCGAACAACGUUGUUCGUCGACAUUAGCGGAUGCUCUAUUGGAUGUCGAUUGUGUAAAAGGACUUUUCAAUGAAAACGAAAUGAAUUUUCUCACAUGCCUUAAUUCGAAGGAAUCAAACGAAGUCAACGCGAUUGUACCCCCCGGCACAACUCAAGCUCUUUCGCAUUUAUUAUCUAGGAGUCCGAGACUCGAGGUGAUGAACAUACAACAGCAAUUGAUUCAAAAUUACGACACGGAAGGAAUAAAACAACUUUUGCAAAAGCUAUCGUCUAAAAAUUCAGGGAAAUCAUGGUGGAAAUUAAAUUACAAAUGGCAUUUGCCCAUUCCGCUUCAAAGCGUCGUCAUGGGUUUUUCCAAAGGAUACCUUCAGGAUUUAGUUUAUAUUUUACUUGCUAAAUCUCGCGAGCUUAGCAAAAAUAAAGAUUUUAAAAAAUCAAUUUUACUCCUCGAAAACACGGCAAAAGAAAUAAAAGAAGCUCCCGGUACGAAAUUAUACUCGAAUUACAUAACAAAACUCAACAGAUUGAUCGAAUGGGAGAUUUUAUUAGUGCAAAUAAAUCAUUAUUUGGAAGAAUAUCCGGAUAUAAUUAUGCAUCCGAAUCAGCUGAUAUCAUCUUGCAAAUCGUGUUUGGCUGCUUUACAAUCCGGUAAUUCGGUCAUACCGAGACUCGAAGUAAUGGAAAAUUGCGCUUUGGCUCUUUUAAAUCUCGGAGAAUGGGAUGCUCUGACGUCACUGGAUAAAAGAUGGAAUUUUUUAGAAUUGGCCGGAGCGAUCGCUUCCGCGUGUCAAGACAUAAACAAACACAAAGGAAGCAAAAAACUAUCGAGGGAGGCUUGGGAUCUAAUACUACCGGUGUUUGGUCCGUCAUCACAACCGAAAAGAUCCGGUGGAUCCACAGCAUCUCCAACAGGAUCAAAUCUUACGAAAAAUUGCCUGUUGAAUUUUCUCAUACGUUUAAGGGAGCCGACGUGUUUGAGUGUCGUCAUAUCCCUACUCGCGAGACUUCACAACGUUUUAAAAGACGAACCGAAUUUGGAAAUAAAUUGUCAGUACAUCGGAUUAUGGCCGGCUGUCGUGAGCAACUCGAAUUCGUACAGUUCCCGAUCCGUCGCUGAAGUUUUAACUCAAGUCAUAUUGAAAGCCAUUAAAUUCAUGCCCAAACACAGUUCGUUCUUGCGAGUUUUGGGAGAUCUCAACUACGUGACAAACGAUUGGACGAACGCAUUGAAAUAUUAUUUGGAAGCCGGAGCCGUUUCAAGCGAUUUUUUCUCACAGCCCGUACCGAAAACGGUUUUAGAUGAUUUCACGUAUAAAAGAAUGAUAAAAUGUUGUUCUCAACUACAGUGUCACACACAAGCUGCCGUUCUGUGUCAAUUUUUGGAAGAAGUGGAUUAUUCGUGCGCGUUUAAAAAUUUAACGGAAACUAAAAAUUCACAAUGUUCCGACGCGAUGGACGCAUUUUAUUUGUGCAUAUGGGAUUUAACGAUAUUAGAAUAUUUAAUUAAUUUGCACAACAGGAGAGGAGAAAAUCAAAGGAAACAACAAGUGGUUAAAUUAAUCGGUUUGCUCGAGCUCAACAGUAACAACAACGAAGAAAUCCAACGGGAAGCGGCCAAUUUGAGAAAGAAAUUAUUUUUAAGAGCCAUGACGAAUCAAUACACUUUAUCGACGAAUACCAAUUCGUUUUACGCAAAAAAUUAA